AUGCAAACUCCUACCGCCUUCCUUAUCACCCUCCUCCUAGUAGCGUCCACCCUCCCUGCUGUCCUCGCUGCCCCUAUCCCAGCAGCACCAACAACAGCACCACCAGCGCCAGCCAACAGAGAAGACGACAUCGUCACCCUCCCCGCCACGCCAGGCGCGGAUACACCGAACACAUUUGAACCGGGACCAGUCCAGGCAGGAAACGAGAACAAAGGAAAAGAAGUCCUGGAGCGUGGGCAGAGCGUGCCGGAGUGGUUUGGGGGAGAUAAGAAGAAAGGGGGCAAGUGA